GAAAGCGGAGAGGAGGGGACAGUGUGUAGGCAAGAGCGCAAAGGACGAAUCCACACACAACUGCCAGCGCCAAAGAGCUUCCGACUUCGCGCGGAGUCCACGCUGAUUCCUUCGCUCUUGUCGCGGCUUCGUGUUGUUUUUUUAUCCCUCCGCGUUACGGAGAGAGAGAGAGAGAGAGAGAGAGAGAGAGAGAGAGAGAAAAGGAAACUGUCGAAGAGCUGAAGUGCUGCUCUUCACUGACGGAUGUUACUGCACCGCUUUACUGGAGCAUCACGGUCCGGACUAACAGCCUACGAGCCACUUUUAACUCUUUUGCUCGCCUUCUGGAAACCUGAAUGCUUUCAUUCUUGGCACUGCUGACUAAAAAAAAUCAAGUGAUUUUUUCAGCUGAUUAUUAGGCUAUUAUUAUUAUUGUUAUUAGUAUUAUCAUCAUCAUUAUUCUUCUUAUUGUUUGUUUACCUGGACGAAGCUGCACCGGGUAGUCUAGUCUCCUUGUUCAUUAUUUUUUUUCCCUUUUUCAUUUUUUAUAUUUGCCUUUUCUGGUUAACCGGGCACUCGCGCGACUCCAGCGCCCGUUUCCUCCCAUUACAGAUUUAAAUUAAUUUACUUUUUUUAAAUUUUUUCAUUUUUUUUUCUUUGUGGAUGCCCCGAUGAGAGACCCGCUGCUCGCGGGCACCGCCAUGGCGUACCCUCCUCCGUUCCCCGCGCACCGGCCCGCAGACUUCCCCGUGUCCGCCUUCCUGGCCGCGGCGCAGCCCUCCUUCUUCCCCGCGCUCGCGCUGCCGCCGGCGCUCGCCAAGCCUCUGGCCGAGCCCGUGCUGUCCGGCGCCGCGGAGGCCGCCUUCCACCCCGGGCUGCACGGCCACCACCACCACCACCACCACGGCCACCACCAGCACCAGCAGCACCUCCGCUCCCUCAAGAGCCUCGAGCCCGAGGAGGACGUGGAGGACGACCCCAAAGUCAACCUGGAGGCCAAGGAGCUCUGGGACCAGUUCCACAAGCUGGGCACGGAGAUGGUCAUCACCAAGUCGGGCAGGAGGAUGUUCCCCCCUUACAAAGUGCGCGUGAACGGCCUGGACAAGAAGGCCAAGUACAUCCUGCUGAUGGACAUCGUGGCCGCCGACGACUGCAGAUACAAGUUCCACAACUCGCGCUGGAUGGUGGCCGGCAAGGCUGACCCCGAGAUGCCCAAGCGCAUGUACAUCCACCCGGACAGCCCGGCCACAGGGGAGCAGUGGAUGGCCAAGCCCGUCACCUUCCACAAGCUCAAGCUGACCAACAACAUCUCGGACAAGCAUGGCUUUACCAUCCUGAAUUCGAUGCACAAAUACCAGCCCAGGUUUCAUAUCGUGAGAGCCAAUGACAUCCUGAAGCUCCCCUACAGCACCUUCAGGACAUACGUGUUCCCAGAGACUGAUUUCAUAGCAGUUACUGCAUAUCAGAAUGACAAGAUCACACAGCUGAAAAUCGACAACAACCCCUUUGCCAAAGGAUUCAGAGACACGGGGAACGGCAGAAGGGAAAAAAGGAAGCAGUUAACCCUUCCAUCGCUGCGUCUCUACGACGAGCAGUGCAAAGCAGACCGGGACGGGGCAGAGUCAGACACUUCAUCCUGCGAGCAAAACGCCGGGACCGAGUCCCUCCACUCUCCUCUAGGGGCAGUUACAAGCCCCCUCAAGUUCAACAGGACCAGCCGAGAUGAGAAAAAUUGCACUGAGAGUGACCAAGAACUUGACCAGCAAGAGGAAAGGUCCGUGGGAGUGAGCAGCCCAGGUCCUCAGCCGAUGUCUCCUUUCAGGGCGAGCAGUGAGGAAAGGGUCAAGGAUAGGCCAAGCCUGGACAAGAAGGUAGACUGCCUGGACAGCAAGCAAGACAGCGAGCCUGCUUUCGCCGUUAGGAACCUGGAGAAAGACAAGUCGGACAGCAGGAACCACAAAGAACCAGAAUCCUCCAAGAAGGAUGCAGAGAGCGCAGGCCUAAGCAGGACCAAAGAGGGCUUUUCUCCACUGGUGGUCCAGACGGAGAGCCCAUCGCACUUUAGCGCGAGUCAUUUGCAAAGCCUGGCCUUGUCCGGUUUACACAGCCAGCACUUCUUUAACCCUCUGACCACGGGGCAACCACUGUUAUUUCACCCGAGCCAAUUUGCCAUGACCCCUGGAGCUUUCUCCACCCUGGGCAUGGGACACUUGUUGGCGUCCAUGUCAGGGACCAGUGGACUGGAGAACGGAGGCCUGUCGCCUCAAGGCACGGGCACAGCCAGCUCUUUCCCAUUCCACUUAUCGCAGCACAUGCUUGCAUCUCAG